UUUAGCAGUAGGGUUCCCCUUUGGUUUGUGGUUUUGGACAAGCUCAGGGAUUCCCUCUUCUCAUCCAUAUCAUCUCUCUCUCUCUCUCUGAGUUCAAACAAUAACCAAACUCUAAACUUUUGUUCAUAUUUGUGUGGCUAUAGUUGGAUUUUUCUUAGUAACAUUAUCAACUAAGGUUUUUUCAAACCAUGAACAACAACAAAGAAACAUCUUCACUUCCAUUUAUCACUCUCUCUUGUUCCUUCUCUUAACCUCAAAUAAAAAACAAAACUUGUCUUUGGGUUCUUUUGUUCUCUUCUCUUCUCUUGUUUUUCUCUCUCAAUCUCUCCACUAUUCACUACUGUGUUCAACUAUUCAGUCUAUAACUUUUUUUUGUCUUUAGAUCCAAAAAAAACAACAUAUGAAAAAAAAAAACACAAGAUCUUUAGAGUUUAGUCUACAAGAACAAGAUCCUUAGUUUCCUCAAACUUGCAGUUAUAACAUGGUCAAAGGUUUAAUGAUGUUCCAACAACAACAAUUGGUGGAAGAAAACAUGUCAAAUUUAACUUCUGCAUCUGGUGAAGCUAGUGCUUCUUCUGGUAACAAAACUGAAUUUGGAACAAGUUCUAGUUACCAACAACAACAUCAACAACAACAACAACAACAACAUCAUCAACAGCAACAACACUUGGUUCCUCAAACUCAAACUCAAUCUCAACCAAUGAAGAAAAAGAGAAACCUCCCUGGUAACCCAGACCCUGAAGCUGAGGUUAUAGCCAUGUCACCGAAGAGUCUACUAGCGAAAAACCGAUUCAUAUGUGAGAUCUGCAACAAAGGCUUCCAACGAGAUCAAAAUCUUCAGCUUCACAGAAGAGGCCACAACUUACCAUGGAAGUUGAAGCAAAGAACAAGCAAAGAAAUCAGGAAGAAAGUGUAUGUAUGUCCAGAAACAUCAUGUGUGCAUCAUGAUCCAUCAAGGGCUUUGGGAGAUUUGACUGGAAUCAAGAAGCACUUUUGCAGAAAACACGGUGAGAAGAAGUGGAAAUGUGAAAAGUGUUCAAAGAAAUACGCUGUUCAAUCUGAUUGGAAAGCUCAUUCUAAAACAUGUGGAACAAGAGAGUAUAGAUGUGACUGUGGAACUCUCUUCUCAAGGAGGGACAGUUUCAUAACACAUAGAGCAUUCUGUGAUGCAUUAGCAGAAGAAAGUGCAAGAGUUAUAACAAAUAAUACAAUUCCGAUUAUACCCUCAUCACAAUCACCAUCAUCUUCUCAUCAUCCUCAUCAUCAUCAUCACAUGAUAAAUCUACAAAAUCAAUUCAAUAAUCAUAAUCAUAAUCAUAAUCAACAUCAAGAACAAGAGGUUCGUAAUAAUUUUCCAUUAUUGAAAAAAGAACAACAACAACAACAACAACAUCAAAGUUUUGAUCUUUCGGAAAUUCCACCUUGGCUUGGCCCACCAAAUGUUGGUGAAAUCUCAUCAUCAAUAUUCUCUCAAACACAACAACAUCAAGAAAACCCUAACCCUAAUCUUGUUCAUGUUCAUGGGCCCACAUUGCCUCCUUACCAAACAGUACCUUCCCCACACAUGUCAGCUACUGCAUUAUUGCAGAAAGCAGCUCAGAUGGGUGCAACUAUGAAUAGAACAGGUUCUGCUUCUUCACCAGCUAUGAAUGCUAUCAAUGUUAGGUCCCACCAAGUUGAUUCUCUCAACAAUGUUUCUUCUGCUCAUUUUGGUUUGAAUUUGUUAUCAUCAUCACGUGAACAUGAACAUGAACAUCAACAUGAACAUCAACAACAACAACAACAAAACACAACAACAGCUACAACAGCAGCAACAGCAACAACAUCCUCAUAUCUUAGUAAUAUUCAUGAUGUUAUGUUUUCUUCUUCAUCUCCUUCUGGAUUUGAAUCAACACAGUUUGAUGAAAUGUUUGGUGGCAUUAUGAAUCCAAAGAAAGAUCAUCAUGAGAGACAGCCUAAAACAACGGCCGGCGAUGACGGUGGUGGUGGCGGAGGAGGUGGUGGAAAUGAUGGACUGACUAGAGAUUUCUUGGGGCUCAGGCCACUUUCUCAUAGUGACAUACUAAGCAUGGCAGGGAUUGGAAACUGCAUGAAUGAUGAACAACAAAAUCAAUCUCAAAAGCCAUUAUGGCAAGGUUAGAAUAGAUCCAUAAAAUACAAGAUAUUAUGGAUUAUUUUUUGUUAUAUUUUUAUUUAUCUUUUUAUAUAAUUUUUAUUCUUUUUUAUUUUCUUAUGUUAAUUUUGUUUAUGAUUAUUGAUUAAUAUUUAUCUUCCCAAAGGGGAGGACCUUUCUUUCUCCAA